GUGGGUCCCAUGUCGCAUGCAUGCAUGGGGGAGGACGAGAAGAAGAUUAAACUAGACUCCUGCAGGCCUGUCUGCUCUGAGAGGGGCACUGCAUCUGCAUGCAAGCUAGUGAGUGGCAAUGUAUGAGCCAUUGGCCAGGGUGCAGCUGGGGCUCCUGCUCUCUUGCUUUGCACACCAAAAAGGAGGGGAUGGCCUAGUGUCUAGUGAGAGGCGCCCAUGGCGUUGGAUGUAUCGUUUAUAAAUCACCACCCCCAGCUUCAGAACCACCACAACACCUGCUCGCUCCUCCGUGUCCUCCUUCCUGCAGCCUGUUUGCCACAUCCAAGCUUGAGUGUGAAACUGUCUGAACAAGGCUAGUGACUAGUGAGGAAGGCCAAGAGAAGGGACAACACACGAGCAUCUUAGCUGCAGGGAAGGGCAGUGAUAGGCUGAGUAAAGAAGAUGAUGAUGGACAAGCUUGUGAAGCAAUGUGACAUGGAGGUCAUGAAGAUGGCCAUGCUCAAACAUGAAGAGACCUUCAGGCAGCAGGUCCACGAGCUGCACCGCCUGUAUCGCAUCCAGAGGCAGCUGAUGAGCGACCUGAGCAGAGUCGAGCUGAUGAGCACCCGCCGGCGCAGCAAGCAGCCGCGACGGGCGCUGAACCUGCAGCUCCCUGCGGACGAGUACAUCGUCAGCGCCGACGAGGACGACGCCGGCACGGAGCUGGAGCUGACGCUCGCCGUCGGUGGCGGCGCCCGCAGGAACAGCAACAGCAGGAGGAGGCAAGAACAACGCAACAACGCGGGAGGCGCCUCCUCCCCCUUCGCGUCGGACUGCUCCGGCGCGAGCCUCCUAUCGCCGUCGCCGUCGUCGGCAGAGUACUACUCCGACGAUGUACCGGCGGCUAUCCACGCGCUGCCCCCGCCGUGCCAGAGAGCGAUGGCGUUCGACCUCGGGGAAGGGAUGGUGAGGCAGCAGGCGCCGUGGCUGGUGCAAUACCAGUACCUGAGCCUCAGGAUGACAUGAACAUGCAGCUCGUCAUCCAUCCAUCCAUCACUGCGUACUAGCUUAAGCUUGUGUUGUGUUGUAGAAGAAGUAGUCACUAGUGUUCUUCCAAUUUUUUUUUCCUUUUCUUUUUUUGCUUCUGUCCUAGGUCGCCAAUGGAGUCUGGGAAGGGUUGAGUUCUAAUCCUGAUCCCAAAAUGUUAAUGAGUGCAUCCUGAUUGAUUAAUGUUCAGACUGUUGCUAAUUGAUGAGUAAUAUAUCUGGCCU